AUGGCGCACAUGAAGCUCCACAUCCUCGCCAUCGCCGUAAUCGCGACACUGGCUUCGACACACGUUCUCCCUCCCAACUCCAGUCCCUCCACGAACCUCACCUACGACACCUCCCUCAAAGACAAACCCAUAGACUAUGUCGCCGCUACAUUCGAUCCCUCCACCGUCCACACAACCGCCGACCCCCCACCCCCCAACGCCAAAUACGACAAAGCCGUCUCCACCGGCCAAACCCUCGACUCCGCCAUGAAAUCCAAAGACAACAUCGCGCGGUGGCUCUUCAAAGACUUCCCCCAGUACGCCGAAACCUGCCAAUCCCCAUUCACCGGCGACGGUCGCGCUGAUUUGGCGAAAUGGGGAUUCGACGACAGUGACGCCCUGAGCGAGAAGAUAAAGAAUGAGUGCGACUUUGAUGCGUAUCAUAAGAUCAAAGCGGCGUUUGACGAGAUCGGGCUGGACACCAAGGCGGCGAAGGAUGGGGGGCCGAAUCGCUGUUUCAAGGUUAAUCAUCGGGAUGGGCCGGCGAUCAAAAGACAAGAAGAUGGCACUCUACCAUCCGAAGCAAAUCAAUACUACGAUGUGUGCGGAAGGGAAUACAGAGCCACGGGAGCAACCUACGAAUUCGCUGUCAACCCAAACGGUCUUGUCGGGCUUAUGAACAUCAUGAGUAUGACUUACUGCGCAAAGACAUUCACCUGGUUCCGCACGCCCCUCCCCGCAGAACUGCCCGACAUAGGUACACCCCAGGACAUUGCUUGGGCCAUGUGGAACCGUGUCGGCGCGACUAGUCCCGCUGGAUUGAAGGGAUUGAAGUAUCUGCUUGUGACGCAGGUGAUGAAUGCUGGGAGUCGGGAGAUAUUUCGGCAUGCGUUGGGGCUGUUGGAGCCGCCGGAGAGUGAGUAUAAGGUUUGGCCGGGGCAUGAGUUUGUGAUGGAUGGGAAGGGGAAGGGGGGGAAGGGGGGGUUGGCUAUACUGGGUAUGUCGAAGUUUCCUCCUGUUCUGAAGACCAGAAUAUGGGAAGGAUGGCACGCUAACGAGACAACAGGUUCGCCGGUGGGACGAUGGGCGGGCUAUCUCUUGCUCCAGCACAAGGAUCAGCUCGGUGGUAAUCGGUACAUCGAGAAAGUGCGACUGUUCAAACCACCAGGAGCCAGUCUGCCAUACCUUCUCUUCUACGUCGCGAAGGAUCCGUGGGUCGGCGAAGUUAAACCGGUGACUGCGAAGAUGGUGAGCGGGAUGAACGUCACGAAUGCGUUGGAAAUGGACGAUGAUGCCAAGAAUGUUGUGAGGAGAGAGGAUGAAAAGAACCUCAUCAGACAGCACGUUGUCGUUGUCCGAACAUAG